AUGCAUGAAUAUGAAUAUUUUUUCAUCCAUCUUCUUCGACCCAUCCCUCCGCACCUCCUCCCCCAUGCCCACCUCUCCCUUUCCCCACACACGGCCUUUUCUCGACUAUCCCUCACGCGGAUUCCCGUUUCCUCCGCCCUCCCUUCCUUCCCCAUUCUCCCCAUCUCGGCUCCUCUCCCCGCUCCUUCUUCUCCCCCCUCCCCUCCUCCUACCCCCAUCCCGCUAUCUCGUCGUCGCGUUGACUCCAGCGGUCAACAUCCGUUUUUACCGGCCGCUCCAUUCGACGACGAUGGCGUGGAUGAUACCGCCACCAAUAAAUCCCGCCACAGCACCAACAAUAAAGGCCAGCCCGCGCCCGCGUUUGCCGCCGCCCGAGCAGGCGAAGAUGGAUCCGCGCUAGGAACGGCAGAACCGCCUUCCGCGCUUCCGCCUCCCCCACCUCCUCCCCCUCCGCCCCCGCCCCCACCGUCUGCUCCCCCUCCCCCUCCCCCUCCGCCUCCGCCACGCGCGCCUCCCCCUCCCCCUCCCCCACCCCCGCCUGGCCCGUACUCCGCGAGCGGCCUAACCACUCCGCGCUCGUCGUUCCGCCGCGCGCGGUCGAUCAAGGAGCGGCGGGAAGCGGUGGCGCUGAAGGUGUUUCACUGGAGCAAGGUGCACGACACCAAGGGCACCAUCUGGGACGAGCUCUCUAAAGACGCUGACCUCUUCUCGCGCGUGCAAGUAGACGGGCCUAAACUCGAGGCGCUCCAGGUGUUAUUUAAAGCCAAGGAGACUAAGGUUAAGAUUGGGGCGGGGGGGGUGGCGGGUGCGGGGAAGAACGGGCUUGGAGGGGUGUUGGGGAGGGGAAGGGGUGGCGGAGGGCAGGGGGAUGCGGGGGAAGGGGGGGAUGGCGGAGUGGGGAAGGAGGGGGAGGCGAAGGGUGUGGUGAAGGUGGUGACACUAACGAGGGCGAAUAAUGUGGCUAUAACGCUGGCGCAGUUCCGCAUGGCUCAUGAGGCGAUAAGAGACGCCAUCCUGCUGGGCAACCCCGGAGGCGCUCUCUCCCUGGACCAACUCGCUCUCAUCACCCAGGUGAUUCCAUCAGAGGGCGAGGCACAGCAGCUGCUGGCGUACACGGAGAGCCGCCCCCUGGAGAACCUAUCAGCCCCUGAGAGGUUCCUGCAUGCGCUCGCUACCAUUUCCCGCCUGAGAGAUAAGAUCAACGUGCGCACCAUGCGUGAGGAGCUAGGGUUUGGAAUGGAAGGGGGGGAAUGGGAAGGGAGGGGGGAUGAAGGGGAGCGAGGGGGACCAGGGGAGCGAGGGGGAGCGUGGGUGUUCAUGCAGCGCUGCACGGACAUGGUGGCAGACACACAGCGCCUCAUCCACACCUUCCAGCGCGCCUGCCACCAGGUGAGGGAGUGCAAGCCGCUGAGGGCAGCCAUGGCAGCAGCGCUGCAGGCAGGCAACGAGCUCAACUACGGCAGUACCAAAGCCGGCGCCCUGGGUUUCAGCAUAGAGACGCUACCAAAGCUGGCCGACCAUCGGGUCACCCUCUCAGCGCCACCAGCGCCAUCACCCCACCCUCCCACCGACCUCUCAUCUGGCUUCCGCGCUCCACCGCUACCUCCUCCUGCCACUGCUGCCUCUCCUGCCACUGCUGCUGCGGCUCCUGCUGCGGGGGCGACAGCGCCAGGUCUUCCCCCGCUCCAUCAUACUCCCUACUCCUGCCGGAGCUCGUCUCUCCCAGCUGCCCCAGGGCCCUUAUCAGCAAUGAAAAGUUCCAGCAGUGUAGUCGCUUCUGGUAUUUCCGCUUCUGCUGCCCACACUGCUGCGCUGCUGCCUGGGUCAAGAAGCACAGGUGCUCGCAUCCCUGUGGACACAGCAACGGCUGGCAGCAACCCUACCUCCUACGGCGGUGGUGGUGGUGGCACAAGCAUUGUGAGUACGAGCAUGGGUAAUGCAACUGGCAGCAGCACGGGCAGCAGGAUGGAAGGGCGGCAGGUGAAACGAGCCAUGCUACAGGCCACCAGCCUGCUAGACGUAGUAGCUGUGCUAGUCAUGACAGGCGGAGCGGUGCAGAGCGGUACGGAGAUGUCCAAGGCUCUGGAUGCCGUUGCUGCUGCUGCGAGGGUUCCUCUAGAGGAGAUUCAGAAGAGCCUGGGGGGUGUGGAUGAGGGGAUUACCACAGUGGAAAAGGAGCUAGCGUUUGUUAUCAGUGAGGAAGAGGCGAAGGAGGCUGCUGCUGCUGCCGCUGAAGCAGCGCUCUUGGAGGGAGAAGGAGGGAGUGAGGAGGGAGAGGAGGAGCAGGAGGAGGAGGAGGAGCAAGAGGUAGUGGAGAAAGGAGGUGAGGAGGUUAGCUGUGGUGGAGGUGAGGGGGGAGAGGGUGAAGGUGCUGGUGUUGACACGCAAGGUAGUGGGAAAGAGAGAGGGGGUUCAGGGGAGCAGAACGGAUCAGGCGAGGAAGAGGAGGGAGCGUUGCUGUUGCAGAGCAUGAGGGGGAGGAGUGACAGGGAGGAAGCCGGGACUCCAGACGGUUCCACCUGUGCUGUCACCUGCUGGGGCCCUCUGCGGGCUAGAUCAGGCCGGGGUAAAAGACGAGGGAUAGGGGGAGAGGGAGAGGGGGAGAAAGGCGGGAGGAAGGAGAGGGUUGGGUGGCGAGGGAGUGCUAGGCGGUUGGGGAGAGAGUGGGAGGAGUGGGGGAAGAUGGAGCGACCUGCGGUGCGAGGGAAGGAGGUGGGUGGGAAGAAGAGGAUGGGAGGGGAGAGAGAGGGGAAGAAGAGUGGGAAAAGGAGGGAAGGAAGAAAGGGAGGGGGAGGGGAAGGAGGUGGUGGGCGAAAUGAGGAGGAGGGAGAGGAGGGCGUUGGGCACGAGCCAGGUGGGGAGACGGGAAGCAGGGUUGGAGAUGGAAACACAGUGCCAAACCCUUCUUCUGCUGCCGCUCCCCUUGCUGCUGCUGCCCCUGCUGCCCCUGCUGCUGCUGCUGCUGCUGCUGCCCCUGCUGCUGCCAUGCCAUCUCCUGCACAUGCCACAGCUGCUUCACGUGACUCAAACACAGACACAAACCCAGGAGGGGAGGAGGCGAAGCAUUAUCCUGACGGUGCGGGCAUUGCCUCCACUCCCACGGCUGGCAUCGGGGCCUCCUUCUCAGAUAAUAUCAGAGCAGGCGUGAAGCUCAGGAGCGUUCCCCCCACGCCCCGAGGAACAGGGCCAGGUGGGAGGAGGUCUGUUCCCCCCACGCCUAGAGGAAUUGCAGCAGGCGGGGGGAGGAGUGUUCCCCCCACGCCCAGAGGGGUCGGAGGUGCAGGGGGGGGGAGGAGCGUUCCCCCCACACCCCGCACGCCGGCAGUGGAGCAUUCAGGGAGGCUAAAGGGUUCUGUUCCUCCUGCCACGCCUAGCACGAAAAGUGCGGCUCUCCCUCCCCGCCCUGCACCUGCUUCUGCUGCUGCUUCUGCCGGGGGAGGGGCACCGCACGGGGAGGAGGGCUCAGGGAGGCUGGAAAUAGAGGAGGAGGUGGUAAAGGGGAAGGAGGAGAUGGAGGGGGAGGAGGAGGGUGAGGAAAAGGAGGAGGAAGAGGAGGAAGAGGAGGAAGAGGAGGAAGAGGAGGAGGAGGAAGAAGAGGAGGAGGAGGAAGAAGAGGAGGAGGAGGAGGAGGAAGAGGAGGAGGAGGAGGAGCACAUGAAUGCAUCAGUCUUUGUGCGGCAGGAGCGGCUGCCAAGCAGAGGACGGGUGGGUUCGCCCUCUCUCCCGCCUCCUUCCUCCUCCUCCUCCUCCUCCUCCUCCUCCUCCUCCUCCUCCUCCUCCUCCUCCUCCUCCUCCUCCUCCUCCUCCUCCUCCUCCUCCUCCUCCUCCUCCUCCUCCUCCUCCUCCUCCUCCUCCUCCUCCUCCUCCUCCUCCACCGCUCACAGCAGCACCCACACCCCCGACGUGUUCACAUGCAGACAACGAAGCGUGCCUGGUGGCAGUGAGAGUGAUAGUGAUGCUGACGCUGCUGCUGCUGAUGAUGAUCAUGGUGAUCACGUGCGGAAGGACAGAGUUGGACUGAAUCGGGUUUCAGAGAGUGAUUCACGCAAGUGCAUGGCGUUCAAGCGGAGCCCUCUGAACGGAGUGAUUGCCGCAACCCCUCGCACGCAGCAGGUGUGGACCGAGCAGCACAGAAGCACGCUCCACACUCCCACCAACCUUCCCACUGCGGCUCCACUCUCCCACCCCCACGCUCCCGCCCUCUCUCAUGCUGCUCAUGCGGCCGCAGGCGCCGCACUGGCAGGUGCAGAGCGAAAGGAGGAGGAGGAGAAUGAGGAGGAGGAGGAGGAAGAAGAAAUAGAGGAAGAGUUGGAGGGGAAAGAGUGGAGGGUGUAUGACGAGGUAGCGGCGUGGCAGGAAUGGCGCAGGAGCAGAGGAGAGGAGUCCGGGGACGAGGGUGACGUGAGUGGCAACAUCGGACUCGGUGCAUACCAUUUUCUCAAGGCCCAGUCCACAGGCAAUAUCAGGGUUACCUCUGCGGGCAGUGAUACCCUUGCAUCUAACACAACCACACCAGCAUUUCUGCACAGUCAAAGCGCACACAUGGGGGGUUCUAGGUCUGUGAGUGGAGGAGUGUCAACUGGAAGCCUACAUGGGAAUGGAAAGGUUUCCGUGAUUCGAUCAGGCUCAGGAUCUGGUGGUGGGGUUUCCAGCUUUCCACCCUCCGCUGCAGCGCUCUCUGCAGCAGGUUCGGAUUGCGACAGGGCAGGUGGGUCGCUCUAUAGGGGGUACAGCGGGGGCGAGAUGAGCGAUGCGGCAGCAGCAGUGGAGAGGAGCAUGCGGAGGGAAGCAGCAGCGGCGGUCGCAGCAGCAGCGGUGGCUGCAGCAACAGGGGUACGAGGCUCCACGAGCUUGCGACCCCGGCCGUCUCCCCGCGUGUCUGGCCGGAACAGCAAGGCGGCAGGGCGGGCAGCUGUGGAGAGAGAGUUCGAGCGGGAGAGGGCAGGGAGGCGGAGGAGGGGAGAGGCGGGGCGAGAAUCCGACGAUGCGUUUGGGUUUGAGGAGUUGCAGAGGAGGAGGAUGCAUGCGGAGGGGGGGGUGAUGAUGCAGGGGAGGUAUGCCGUAUCGGGUGCAGUGGGUGUAUCGCGAGCGUCGGCUGUGCGGGUCGCGUACGGGUGCCAUGGGGGGGGACCUGUGGCUGAGUUGGCACGGAGAGAAGCCCUGGAGGGGUUUCCCAGGUGCCAGAGCGAACCUGGUAAGGCGUGUGGGGAACAGGCGGGGCGAGGGGAGCACGGGGAGGAGGACGGAGGAGAGGGGAUGGUUUGGGAUGGGUUGGAUGGGAGCAAGAAGGAGGAGGAUUAUUUCGCGUUUGAAGACGAGGGGGUGCGUGGGAAGGGUUGGGGUUUGGAUGGUGGAGGGAGGGUGUCUGCUGCUGCAUGGCAGUGGGAGCUCUCUCUCUCGGACCGUCUAACGCAGUUUCUAGACAGGGCAAGGGCGAAGAGAGAGGGGCUGGUGCGGCAAAUGGAUGAGAGCAAGCAGCAAUUCCAGCAGCUUGCAACGUUUCUGGGAGAGCCCCCCUCAGCUACUCCCCAGGCGAUCUUUGGGGCACUGGCUCGGUUUGCAGAGGCGUUUGAUAAGAGCCAACGGGCCGUUGGCCUUCUGUAA